AGUCACGCCAAGGCGUUUGGGGAGGGGGUUGUUAGAGACAAAGAUAGAAAUACUCAUAGAAACAUUAAAGAUAGGGAAAGGUGGAAGAGGGAGAUUAGACACACACACACCGGUGAGAGGGUCAAAUAAAGCCUCAGGUAGGGACAAAGACUUAGGGAGCGAAGUGGUGUCAGUGAGAGACACGCACGCACAGCCAUCCAGAGUUGGGGUUCAGAGAAAGAGGCUCACAGCAACACGGUGAGACACAGACAGGGAGAGAGGCUGUCGGAGGGAAAGAGACGGUAGAGGGUCAUAUACAUAGAGAUAUACAUACAAGGUCGGGGGGAGGGGUUCAGAGGCAAAGUGUGCCACAGAUAGGGCAAAGAAAGACAAACAGGGAGAGAUAGAAACACACAGAGACGGGCAAACAAGAAGACACAGACAGCGUUGAACGGGACAUAAAAGUCCGACAAACCAGGAAAGAGCGGGGACAAGUGCCAUGUCCGACUCUGAGGAUGAAAUUCACGACCGGCAGCUAAAAAUCGUCAUCUUAGGUGACGGCGCCUCGGGAAAGACUUCUUUAGCAAUGCGUUUCGCCCAGGAAGCUUUUGGAAAACAAUACAAACAAACAAUUGGAUUGGAUUUUUUUCUGAAAAGAAUAUCUCUACCAGGUAAUUUAAAUGUUACACUGCAAGUCUGGGAUAUAGGUGGGCAAACUAUCGGAGGAAAGAUGUUGGACAAGUACAUUUAUGGAGCUCAGGGUGUCCUAUUGGUCUAUGACAUCACAAACUACCAGAGUUUUGAAAACCUUGAAGACUGGUUUGCCAUAGUGAAGAAAGUAAAUGAGGAAUCUGAACAACAGCCUGUAGUUGCAUUAGUUGGAAAUAAAAUUGACUUGGAACACAUGCGAACUGUGAAGACAGAAAAGCAUCAACGAUUUUGCCAGGAAAACAACAUCAGUGGUCAUUUUGUGUCUGCCAAAACCGGAGAUUCAGUAUUCCUCUGUUUUCAAAGAUUUGCAGCUGAUAUAAUUGGUAUCAAGCUAAAUAAAGCAGAGAUUGAGCAAUCACAGCGUGUAGUGAAGGCAGAUAUUGUGAAUUACAGCCAGGAGCCUGUGGUGAGAACUGUGAACCCUCCUAGAAGUUCAAUGUGUGCAGUUCAGUGAUCCCGUCAUAUCCCCAUAUUAGUACAUUUGGCAAACCUGCUUCAUUCACACAGGCCCAUUCUUUCUCAGGAACUUAGUUUUGACAGCAACCAUCUCAGUAACACAGUAAAAGACUUCACGGACUGACUGUGUUACCGUAUGCUGAGAAAUACAAGGCAGCCACUGUCCACUACAGAGAUGCAAGAGGUUGGACCACACAUAUGAGUAUAAUUUUCAGAAUUGAGUUAGGAAAGAAUUUUCACCAUUUUGUUUCAGAUGAUGGUGUAACUGCAUCAGAUAUGUCUUUUAUAACUACCAAAAACCUAAUUUAUUCAGUAGUGCAGUUUAAUGUAUAUCAGCAUUUACAGAAUGUUUUAACUCCAUGCAAAUUAACCUGAAAUAACAAGACAUAAAGUUUUAAAUACCAAAAAGGUCCAGCACAUUUUUAUUGUAAUUUUUAAAUAAGGAAUAUGGGCUUUGUAGCAGAUUGCCACAAUGAUCCAAAUCCUAAUGAAAGAAACUCCUUGGGCAAAUAAAGAGUCAAGCCUGUGAAAAUUAAUUUGGCUAUUGAGCUUAGAACUCCAUAAAUUUACACUCACAUAGCAUCCAAUUGCAUUUUGAAUACUCUGAAUGAUUUUGUCCUUACUUACUUGCCUGGCUGCUUAUUACAUACAUUUAUCAGUCUUUAAGUACAACUUUUAUUUGAUUAAGUUUGCUUUAAGUA